GAGUUGAUAUAAAAAUGCUUGGGCCGCGCCUGUCCCCAUCCAGAGCAGCUGCUGCAGAGAUCUGAGCUCCCCCUGCGUACGGCAUCACUGAUUAAUCUGCAGAAAUGUCUGACAAACCAGAUAUGGCUGAGAUUCAGAAAUUCGAUAAGUCCAAAUUGAAGAAGACAGAAACACAAGAGAAAAACCCACUCCCUUCAAAAGAAACAAUUGAACAGGAGAAGCAAGCCGGUGAAUCGUAAUGAAAUCUGCCCUGCCAAUAUGCACUGUACAUUCCACAAGCAUUGCCUUCUUAUUUUACUUCUUUUAGCUGUUUAACUUUGUAAGAUGCAAAGAGGAUGGAUAACGUUUAAAUGACUGUGCUGCCCCUGUCUCAUCCAAAAAAAAAAAAAAGAAUAGAGAACUACUGACACUGAAUGAAGGCGCUGCCUUUCCAUCUCCCUGCCUGUCUGGCUGAUUUGGGUCCUGGUGGCAUGAAAAGAGCUUGCAUGUUGGUGAAGAGAAGCGUCUGGGUGGGACUUACAGUAAUAAACGCAGAGUAAAUGCAAA